AGGAACUAGACGGAAAAACCACUCAAGCGACGCAACUAUUAUGUAACUGUGAUUUAAGCAAGGUAAACUUGCUUUGCCGAACAGAAGCUAGUGGAUUGAACUACUGUUGCUGCCAAAGUUGUUCAGUCGCAGCCAGGUUUUCCUCAAGUGUUUCCUCCAAGUUAGUACCGUGAUCAAGUGAAGCACAAAUAAACGGGCGAGAACUUAAUGGCAGGGAACGUCUUCAACGGCACUGGGACGAACACGAGCAAGGAGAACGUAUUUCCAGUAUCACAGUGCAUUCCGUGGCUUGUCGUGUUCAUCAUUGAAUAUCUGGCUAUUAUCAUCCUUAAUUUGAUCACGAUUAUUGUACUGAUAAAGAACCACAAGCUACAGCGCCGGAGUACAUAUCUAAUUAUCCAUCUGGCGAUCGUUGAUCUCUUGGUAGGAGCAGUGUCUGGCCCUGAGAAGAUAAAAUGGAUGGGGAGUUUUUGUAAUCUGUGGAGUAUCGGUUGGAAAAAUCCCGUAUUAUCUUUGGUGUUCUCCUUUGUCUUCCCUCUUGCUUCGCUGGUAAAUCUGACUGCAAUUUCGCUUGAGCGGGCACAUGCAACAUUUUGUCCAUUCAAGCAUCGUUUUAUGAAGAAAUGGGUUUAUGCAGUUAUAAUUAUUUUAACUUGGUUGAUUGUAACCGCCUGGAUAGGAAUAAUAAUGAUGAGUAAUGAUUUCCUUAUCCACUUUAUGAUGUUUUCGUCUUUUUUCAUCUUAAUGUCUGUAACCAUUGUUUCGUACGUUUCUAUUUUUGUCAAAGUCCGCUUUCAUCGUCAACUGCGUCACAGUAACACAGCGAGGGAAAGAAAAUUGACAAGCACUUUAUUCAUUGUGACAAUAGGAUCUGCAAUUACUUGGUUUCCACUGAUAAUAUAUCUAGUUGUGUUUCAUCCCCAUUCAGCUUACAAUAUUACCAGGCGGUCAUUAUUUCACAUUGAAAGAGCAGCAGCGGUUUUAUUUAUGGCUAACUCUGUUAUAAACCCUAUAAUCUACGCCAUGAGGAUGCCAGAGUUAAGGCAAGGUAUAAUGCAAAUCAUCUUCCGCCGGAAUCCAAUCCGUCUGAAUCUGGCUGAUAUACCAUUACGUUAGCUCUUGCUCAAUUACCAUUUUCAACCCCUUACGAACAGAGUAAGCAAUUUAACUGCGAGUGACCAUCACAAAUGAUUUCCAUAGAAGCACUGAGAUCUAAUUGAUCCUAGUCAGCGAUUUCAAGUCAGAAAGGUGUGA